AUGCCUUCCGCUUCUGGCAAACUGACUUCAGAACAUUUCAAAACAUGGCUGAAGGAUGUGUAUUUUCCCAAUGUUGGGCUUUCAAGUGUCUUAUUAAUUGAUUCGUGGAGUGGGCAUUGCUCUGAUGCUGUAAAGGAAGCAGCACCUCCAAACAAAAUUGUUGAUGUAAAAAUAAUUCCAAAAGGAACAAUAGGCAAAAUUCAGCCACUAGAUGCUUUCGGCUUCCGAGUGUGGAAAAAUUACGUCCGACGCUUCGAGGAUAGUGUAACAUUAAUGAAUGAGGAUAUAGAACUUCAUAAAAGAAAUAACAUUAUAGGAACUCAGACGGAGGCAGCCCUUGUUUGCGGAAAGAGGGCGAGAGAGCCAACUCUGAGGACCCAAGAGAGAACAGCCCAAAAACCAUCGGCAAAGAAGCAGAGGACCCGAAACGUUGAAGUGGGGACAUCAGCAGAAAUAACAAAAGAGCAUAAGGUGGAAUCUCCUCCUAGGCAGAUAUGGAAGAAGGAGGCCCUGCGAGUCGCUCGAUCAGAAGCGGUGUUGGUGAAACUGACAUAG